CGACCAGUCAAUAGUCAUUGCUUGUCGUUUGACGUUUGUGGUGUGUGGCGAAGUCUACGUUCGUUUCGUCGUCGUUGUUUCGCUAGCUCGAUAUAUCGUCGCUGAUUUAUUUUUAUGUUCGUUCGAACGUUUUGCGUCCUGCGUCGUCGUCGUCGUUGUCGUUGAAUUUUCGUUUGGGUUUCACAAAUUUCGCGUGUUAAACAUUACGUAAAACUUUAGAAUCGUCGGACUCUUCAAAUAUCGGAUUACAUUUGCAUACAACAAAAAUUACUGAGUGAGGUGAAUUAAUUAUAAUCACCAGGUGACACACGUUUAAAAAAUAAAUAAAGCCAACAACCUUUAAGUUGUUUUGUUUUUCAAAAUUUGAAAAAUAAUAUCUUUUAUAAAAAUACAAGAUCUAGAAGUUUAAAACAGUGAAAUAUUUCAGUGUAUACCUACAGCAUAACAUAAUUACCUAAAAGAUACAUACAUAGGUAUAUUUUUUAAUAUAUAUCAAGAAAACAAGUGUUUACACGUGAUUUUCAAAAUUCUCACCGAGGUAUCUAAAGCGCCCCUUGGGGCUGUCGCACUGGCGUCCUAUUUGGGGGACGGUUUUUCCGCCCUCGGUGCACGAGCUCCACCGGUAAAGGAUCUUAUGGCUUUCGGAUCAGUUUUACAACAUAACCAACACAAUAUAGGUCGAGGGGAACCGCCCGUUGGUGUUGGUGAUCCAUGUGCGGGCUGUAAUAAACCAAUCUUAGAUAAGUUUUUAUUAAAUGUCCUCGAAAGAGGAUGGCAUGCAUCAUGUGUGCGCUGCUGUGAAUGCCUUCAACCACUAACGGAUAAAUGUUUUAGUAGAGAAUCUAAGUUAUAUUGUAGGAAUGAUUUUUUUAGUAUUUUUAAUUCUUCUAGGCGUUAUGGAACAAAAUGUAGUGGUUGUGGCCAAGGAAUAGCACCAUCAGAUUUAGUGAGAAAGCCUCGUGAUAAAGUUUUUCAUUUAAAUUGCUUUACCUGCUGUAUAUGUAGAAAACAAUUGAGCACGGGGGAACAACUAUACGUAUUAGAUGACAAUAAAUUUAUCUGCAAAGAUGAUUAUCUAUUAGGUAAAGCUCCCGGCCAUCAUUCGUUAAGUGACUCAUUAAUGGGAUCCGCCAGUGAGGACGAAGACGAUGAUGAGCCACAUUUAAGAGGACCACCACUUGGAUUGGGUGGCAUGGGACCAAACGGUCCCGACUCAGCAGGUGGACAACUCGGCGCAUCAGACAUCUCAGUGCAAAGUAUGAGCACGGACAGUAAAAAUACGCACGAUGAUUCUGAUCAGGGAUCUUUGGAUGGCGACCCAGAUGGACGAGGUGAUUCUCAAGCGGAAAAUAAAAGUCCUGAUGAUGGUGCGAAUGGUUCAAAGCGACGAGGCCCGCGUACAACUAUCAAAGCGAAACAGCUGGAGGUACUGAAAACAGCAUUCAAUCAAACGCCGAAACCAACAAGACACAUUAGGGAACAACUGGCGAAAGAAACGGGUCUGCCAAUGCGGGUGAUACAGGUUUGGUUCCAAAAUAAACGAUCAAAAGAACGUCGAAUGAAACAAAUCACAAGCAUGGGUCGACCGCCAUUCUUUGGGGGAGCGAGAAAAAUGCGCGGUUUCCCAAUGAAUUUAUCACCUGGCGGUAUGGAUGAUGGACCUCCUGGUUUUCCAUAUUUUAGUGCCGAUGGUAAAUUUGAGUUUGGUUAUGGUGGACCACCAUUUCAUCCGCAUGAUGGACCAUUUUUCCCGGGACAUCCUGGCGGACCAAUGCCAUUUAAUACACCAGGUGGACCCAUGGAUCAUUCCGGACCAAUACCCAUGGUUAGUGAAUUCGGUCUAACACCUGAAUCCAAUUUCCUAAAUCAAAAUGGCCCCCAAUCUAUGAAUAUGGCUAGUGCGGGUGGACCACCUCCCGAUCAUAUAAUGGGCAAUGGUGGUGGAGGCGGUGGAAUUGGUGGGGGACCCCGAAGUGGAUCACCUGAAUUUAUGACGUCCGGCAAUUUCUCUGAACCGCAAAAUAUGCUAAAUGAAGGUGUGGUUUGGUAAUAUAGAAAAGCUUUUGCGAAUUCUCUGCUCUUGCUUAAGUCUCUAAUGCAAUGAAAAGUAGGAAAACAAAUUUAAACAAAACAAAAAUCAAUUCGCUUUCAAAAAACAAACACAAAAACUCACAGAGAAUAAUCGCAAAAAAACUAAUAAAACAAAAACAAAGAACUACAAAAAAACAAAUAAGAGAAAUGAAUAAUAAAAAAAAUAUGUAUAUUUAAAAA